AUGUCAACGCCACGUAAAGUCAGUUUUCUCAGUCGAGGCCUAAAGGUUGUCGGCCAUCUUUUUACCCCUUCUCGUUCUCUGUCCUGCCCAGACCGCAAAAAGGCUGCUAUUAUCAUUGGCCACCAAGGCACCGGUAUCAAGGAACAAGCUUCCGGUCUGUACGCCGAAACUCUCGCUUCCCAAGGCUUUGUCACUCUUGCCUUCGAUGCCGCUUACCAAGGCGAAAGCGAGGGCGUACCUCGAGGCCUGGAAGACCCACACCAGCGUGUAGAGGAUUUCAAAUGUGCAGCUUCAUUCCUCUCUACGCUCGGAGAUGACUUGGUCGAUCCAUCUCGUAUUGGUCUUGUCGGUAUCUGUGCAUCAGCUAGCUACGGUGUCUGUGCUGCGGCAACUGACCCCCGCAUCAAGGCCAUUGCUGGUAUUUCACCCAUGUGCUUUGGUACAUUGAUUCGGGAUGGGAUGAGAUCUCCUAUAACUGGGCAGAUUGACUUUGAGAAACUGAAUAAGGGAUUGUGGGAGGCAGCCCAGGAUCGACUGGACGAAACAGCAGAUAAGCCACCAGCUAUUCACAAUAUUGCUGAUGGAUUUUCACACCCCCGAGAGGAUUUCAAAGGAUACUACAGCGAUCCCCGGUGGAAUCAUCCGAGAUGUACGAACACGAUGGUAACUCGGAGCAUGGAGCUUCUUGUCACGUUUGACGGCUUUCAAUACAUUGAAUGGGUUGCGCCAAGACCAAUAUUGCUGAUUGCGGGAAAUGAAGCAAUGACUUUUCCGUAUAGCGAGAAGAUUCUUGAGAGGGCCAUGGAACCGAAGGAGCUAUUUGUUAUCGAAGGGAAGGGCCAUAUGGAUCUAUAUCAAGAUGUGACUGAGAGUGGCCCGAAAUUGGUUGAUUUUAUGAGCAAGGCUCUGUGUGUGUAG